AGAAAAAAGCGAGCGAGACAGGUAUGUUUAAAGUGUGGAAAUAAGAAAGGGAAAGAAAAAAGAGUCUUUACCAAAAGCCAAAAUAAAGUCAACUUUAAACGCGGUGAUCGAUAUUGUAUAAGUGAAGAAGAAAUUAUUGUGACUAAAAAGCUUAGCUUUGUGCCUUCUUGUUUGUUUAAGCUGAUCAAAAAUCAUGAGCGACCCGAAGUAUGGCUAUCCUUAUUCUGCUCAAGGUUCUGCCUAUCCUUACCCUGCUCAAGGUUAUUAUCAAGGUCCUCCAGUAGUGGCUCCUCCACAGUAUGCUGCUCCACCGCCGAGAAGAGAACCGGGAUUUCUUGAGGGAUGCCUAGCGGCCUUGUGUUGCUGUUGCCUUAUUGACGAGUGUUGCUGUGACCCCUCCAUCCUAUUCAUCAUCUAAUAAUUCCUGUAAAUUUUUCCAUUUCUAUCUUAUUUGGAUAUUAAAUUUCUCCAUUUCUAUCUUAUUUGGAUAUUUAUAUUUAUACAUGGUUCUUGUGCUUUCUAGCUUUGUUAUUGUUGUUGAACCAUUGUACCAUUUCAUAGUGUUUUUGUAUUAGACUCUUAUUCUCUAUUCCCAUUUUGUUGUUCUUGUGCUCUUUUUAAUUUUACCUCCAUUAAUUUGUCAAUA